UGUAAGCAUUUGCUUUUCAUACUACACCUUCAUUUGCCAAACAAAAGUCGCCAUUUUCUCAUUUCCUAGAAACUCAAUCACAUAUACAAUACUUGAGUUAAUAUAUAGAGCUUUUUACAAAUGGCUAUAGAAGAAGAUAGUGUGGAAGUAGCAGAGAAGGAAAUGGAAAAAAUGGCGAUUUUACCGAAUGCGCAGGACGUUGAUCAACAUGAUACCCCUACACCCAAGAAGAAGGGUGGUUUGAUUACCAUGCCUUUUAUUAUUGUAAACGAGGCAUUUGAGAAAGUAGCAAGUUAUGGAUUGUUACCCAACAUGAUAUUCUACUUGUUGAAUGUUUAUCACUUGGAAGCUGCAACUGGUGUUAUGAUUUUGUCAUUAUGGUCUGGAAUUUCCAAUGCGUUGGCCAUUGUUGGUGGUUUUCUCUCUGAUUCUUACUUUGGUCGUUUUCGGGUUAUUGCCUUUGGAACUCUUUGCAGUCUUCUGGGAACAACUUUGCUUUGGUUGACAUCCAUGAUCCCUGCACUGAAACCAUCACCUUGUUCCAAGUCUAGUGGUGAGAGUUGUGCCUCAGCAACUCCAAUUCAGUAUCUUUUUCUGUUUGCUUCUUUUGGGCUAAUCUCCAUUGGAGCUGGUUGUGUGAGACCGUGUUCUUUAGCUUUUGGGGCAGAUCAAAUCAACAAUAAAGAGAACCCCAACAAUGAAAGGGUUUUAGAUAGUUUCUUCAACUGGUAUUAUGCCUCAACAGGAUUAGCAACUAUCAUUGCUUUGACAGUUAUUGUGUUCAUUCAAGAUAAAUUUGGCUGGCCAAUUGGGUUUGGUGUUCCUGCAUGUCUUAUGGUACUUUCACUCGCCGCCUUUCUAUUCGGUUCACCAUUGUAUGUUCAUGUCAAGGUUAAGGAUAGCUUGUUUGUUGGUAUGUUUCAAGUUCCAAUAGCUGCUUUUCGGAAAAGGAAAAUUAGUCUUCCUCCUAUUGAGGAUGAAGAUCAGUACUUUCGCGGAAAUGGGUCUGAGAAAACAACCCUCAGUGACAGCUUAAGGUAUCUGAACAGAGCUUGUGUGAUCGUGGAUCGCGAACAGGACUUGAAACCAGAUGGAUCUGCUUCAAAAGCAUGGAGACUCUGCACAGUGGAGCGAGUUGAAAAUCUGAAAUCAAUAUGCAGAAUCAUGCCAAUGUGGACUACUGGAAUCAUGAUGCUUGUAGCUCUAAACAACAGCUACACAACCCUUCAAGCAAAAUCAAUGAAUCGACAUAUAACUCCAAAUUUUGAAAUCCCAGCUGGUUCUUUCACUGUCUUUGCAAUAUUGACUAUUACAUUAUGGGUAGCCUUUUAUGAUCGUGCUAUCGUACCAUUAAUGUCCAAGUUUCUUGGAAUGCCACGAGGGCUAGGACCUAAAGUACGUAUGGGACUCGGGCUACUGAUAUCAUGUAUAGCACUAGUAGUUGCUGGGAUCGUGGAAUCAAUCAGAAGGAAAGCUGCAAUUGACCAGGGGUUGCAAGAUGAUCCUAGGGGAGUACUUGACAAGUCAGCAAUGUGGUUAGUCCCACAGCUUGUUUUGCUAGGACUUGCUGAGGGUUUAAAUGCAGUUGGGCAGAUUGAGUUUUAUUAUUCUCACCUUUCUAAGAGUAUGGCAAGUAUUGCAAUGGCUAUAUUUACACUAGGAAUGGCAGUUUCGAGUUUAGUGGGUACCUUAUUGGUUGAACUUGUUGAUACUAUCACGAGCGCAGGGGGAAAGGUGAGCUGGUUAGCAACUAACUUGAAUAAGGGUCAUGUAGACUAUUAUUACUGGUUAGUUGCUUUUCUGUGUUUUUUAAAUUUUCUGUAUUUUCUUGUAUGCUGUCGAGUAUUUGGUUCAUCAGGAAGUCAUGGGAAUUAUAAAGCUAAGAGGUCUGAUAUGGUAGAAGAGGAUACAGUUUGAUUAAUUUCUAUGUAUUUUUUGUAGUUGUUUUAGUACACCCUAUGUUAUAUUCCUACUGUUACAUUAUAGAGUUGUUGAUAUUAUAUGAUAAUUUUCAUUCCUUA